GACAUUUUGCUGGAUGGUCAAAAAAAGGUAAAGUGUUCAUUAAAGACAUUAACUGAUCAACUAGAUGUUUUGAAUCAACCGAAAUGUGCUGACAACCCAAAACACUAUGGUGCACAAAAUCAGUUAUCACAAUUUGAAACCUCUUCACCACCAAACUACAAAACUAUUUCAAAGGGAUCAGCUGCUAGUAAAGUACAGAUGAGUAAACAUAAUAUUAAUGCAUUACAAGCAGAUCGACUAGAUAAAGAUGUACCAGAAGGAAGCAAUUUGCUAUUAAAGAAGACAUGUAAUUUAAAUUUGCAUGCAAUAUCAACAAAGUUAGAUCUACCUAAUAUCCCUGUGGCGCUUGAUCAAAGGAAUGAUCAAAGCACUUCUGACAUGGAUUCCGUAGCACAGAGUCUAGCACUUCUUGUACAUGGACAACAGAAUACACAUUUAGCUGUUCAAGGCCUUACUGACCAAAUGGUGAAUAUUCAAGAAAAACUAGAAAGCAUCUGUCCAAAUGUACCUCAACAUCAUGUGGUUAGCGAGGAUGAUGCACUGGAACUCUGUUUUGAUGCCAUCAAGCAACACUAUCUUCAAACAAAAAACCAAAUUCAGUUGCUGCCAUGGGAUCGAUCUGAUAUUGUCAGCAUGGACACGCUAUUCACCAAUCUGACAAUGGUCAUAGAUCUACUUGAGCCAAAUGAACAACUCAAAAUCCCUUUGAAAUCUUAUCAUGAUAUCUUCAAAAAGGACACCAGCAGUGGAGCUCCAGUAACACGUGUAUUAGGAUAUGGUAGAGCUGGCAUUGGCAAGUCAACACUCAUCAACAAAAUCGCUUAUGACUGGGCGAAAGGAAACAAAGAUUCACCAAUAACGCGUUUCAAACUUGUGAUAGCUUUCAGCAUGCAGAAAAUUUCUCCAGAUGAAGAUAUUGUUGAAGCUAUGUUCAAGUAUGGCAUACUGACUGAAGAAUACACAGUAUAUAAAGCUCUUCUCAAUCGAUUUAUGAGGCAGCACGCUGAUCAGGUAGCUGUGCUUCUUGACGCUUGUGAUGAGUACAAACCAAGGAGUAUCGAGAGCCCAGAUAACGGUGAAAUAUUAAAUCUUCUAGAAAAUAAACAUCUUAGAUCAAGUUUUGUGGUAGUGACAUCAAGGCCAUGGAGAGUUGACGAAUUCAAGAAUCACAGGGGAACCUACCUUCACUGCGAGUUACAGGGUUUUUCUAAAGAGAAUGUCAAGUGCUAUGUGCAGAAGUUCUUUCUAAGGGAUGUUGACAGAGGAAAGUCUCUUAUCAGAUACUUACAAAACAAUGGGUUGAUUACAGGUAUUGCAACUCUUCCAAUGAUGACAAUGAUUCUAUGCUGGUUAUGGAAGGAUAAUGCUUCAAUGAAACUUCCAGAAACGAUAAGUGAAUUAUAUGAUAAACUGCUAAAUUACAUGUUUCAGAGACAUAUAGACAAGGAUAAAGAAAACGAAAAACAGUUGACUAAAUAUCUGAAUAAAGUUGUUAAAAUUAUAGGUAGGGUUGGACUGGAAGGUUUAUUUAAUAACAGAACUUUAAUCUUUAGAGAAGAUGAUUUUGGCAAAAGUGCAGAAAUGGAAGGUAGCACCGCAGGGGAUGUUGUUGGUAUUGCUUGCAAGAUUGGCUUACUGAUGAAAGAUACUGCAACAGGGAAUGUGCCAUACAAAGAUUCCGAUGAUGAAGACACAGAUUCAGAUGACGAAGAUUUCUUCCCAAUUGAAAAACUCAGAAAAAACAUGAACCCAGAGGUUGGAGUUCUUUUUUUUCACAAAACUGCUCAGGAAAAAUGUGCAGCACUAUUUGCUGCUAAGUUGGCUCGCCACAAUCCUGAAGAAUUCCGGUCUUACCUACAUAAAAUAUCUUCUGUCAAAGAUGCUCUCCAAUAUGAAAUGCUUCUUUUGUUCUUGAGUGGUACAAAUGUAAAGGUUGCAAAAUUAGUUUUAAAACACUUGUUGGGGAUUUUUGAAAAUGAGCUUUCGAACAAUAGCGAUAGGUAUGUUUCUGGCAAGCUCUCUUUCGAAAGCAGCAUGGCCUUUCAACAAUACGUAGAGCUGUGUAUUCGUUGCUAUCAUGAGAGUAAAUGUUCUGGUUCACUGAAUGACAUCAUGGUUCUAUUAUUUAAGCAGGGACAAAUGAGAUUCAGCAAUUUCUCUUCGACAACUGCAAACUCUCUCGGUUAUCUUCUGAAGUUCAGUCAAUUUCCACACGAUUCAAAUGAAAAUGUAAGUUUAAAUAUAUUCAAAAUUGAAUUGAUGAAUAUAUGUAUUCAAACUAAUAAAGAAGUAAGCACACUGUGGGAAAUGUUUCCAGAUGACCAACAAGAAUUUAUCAGAAAGGUGAGAAAAUACUCUGUUAUGCCAAAAGAAAAGUUAAGACGGAAGCUCAAAGAGUGCCAGAUAGAAAAAUUACCACCAGCUUUUCGCCAGUUCCCUGCUUAUCAAUGUUUAUCUUUCAUGAGAACAUUUCAAGUCACAGGUGAACACAAAGGUGAUGACACAGAUAUAAGUCCUAUUUUAAGGUCACUACAGAGUGUAAAUAUUAAGGAGUUAACAGUUCUUGGAUUUGAUUUGGCUACUAUGUCUGAUGCGUUGCCUAAUGCUUUACGGAAGGCGUCCUUGACCGUAUUAAAUCUUUCUAGUGCCAAUGUUGGGCCUGAAGUCUGCAGAAUAGUGGCAAAAUCAUUUAAGGAAACGCACAACUUGAAGGAAAUAAUCCUCAAGAAUAAUCCAAUCGGAGAUGGUAUCGGUUUUCUAGCAGACAAUUUCAAAUACAUUAGCAAGUUGACACAUUUUAAUGUAAGUUAUAGUCCUGUGUCUGAAUAUGGGAUGAUCACCUUGUCAUUAAACCUUCACAAAUUAACAGUACUUAAGGAACUUUCAAUCUACCAGUUAUUUGACACAGCUAGUGAAGAAUUUGCCAAAGGUAUACAGGGUAUGAACUUUUUACAACUGCUAACACUUCCGCUGCAAGGAAUGUCUUUAUCUGAAGCAUUUAAGAUAGUUCAAAGGGCAUGCCAAUGUCGUCACCUGGUCGAGCUGAAGAUCACAGACAUGACAGAAAGCUGUGAUAUGAUAGUGAGUUGUGCGGCUGACAAUCUGACAGAUAUGCCACAUUUGAAGAUACUGAGUCUGUAUGGGAAACGUGAUGAAGGAAAAAUAGAAGUAAUCGAAAAAGAAUGCACACUUACAAACGGUGCAUGCAAUGCAUUGGAGAGAAUGUUACAACGAAUCUUAUCACUCGAACGUCUUCAAAUUGUCAGCUUAUGGAUGGCUGAAGAAGGACUAGGAGAAGUGGCAGAGGCAUGUGAAAGACACAAUAAUCUAAAGGUAUUUCGGUAUUCUGGGGAAUGUCUUCCAACAGGCAUGAAGAUUGACAACUUGAAGAAAAUCCAACUCUACUAGAAGCUAAAACAUCAACAAAAAAGCAAUAUGAACUGACUGACCCGGAUAUGAAACAAUGGGUCGUUGAAGUAUUCCAGUUUCCUUUGAAGACUGAGUAUUCUAAACAUAUAGUAUUUUAGGACUUCUAAGCAUAUGCAAUAUAUUAUUAUGCACAUUGAAUGCAAUUGCUACUAUUAUGGUUUUACGGUUUAAUUAAUGUACAUUUCUUAAGAAGUUUGAACAUGAUGGAAGUAUUCCAGUUUCCUGUGAAGACUGAGUAUUAUAAACAUAUAAUAUUAUAAGACUUCUAAGCCAAUGCAAUAGUACAAUUAGGCUAUACUUAACCAAUAUUUUGAUACUUAAGCCCCUAUCGCACUGGACUUAAUUUGGUCAAAUUAACCGAGUCACUGGCUAAGUUGACCAAAAAAAAAUCCAAUCCGAACGUCGGUUACUAUUCCCUCAGGGUUAAAUUAACCAAGCCUAAUGGUUAAUUUUACCGACCUCAGCCAGCCCAGUAAAACUUUCCACGGUCUCGGUUAAACUAACCACGCUGGUCAAGAAGUCCAAUCCGAACGUGCAACACGGUUAGGACUUCUUGCAUGUUGACACCGCUCGAACAAAACCGGAAUUUGAAGUCACAAACUAGCGCCCUAAAUAAUAUUUUUUAUACACAAGUUUAAAUCUUGGUAAAACUAGUAUGGUAAAACUAACCGUGUGAAUAAUCCAAGUGCGAACAAUGGUGAAAUGUACCCAUGACUUUGGUUAAAGUUACCCUGGUUAAAUUUACCAUUUUUUAAAUCCAGUGCGAACAAGGCUUUAUGGUACUAUUAUAGUUUUACAGUUGAAUCAAUGUAUUUUUUAAGAAGCUUGAACAUGAUAGAAGUAUUCCAAUUUCCUUUGAAGACUGAGUAUUCUAAACAAAUAGUAUUUUAGGACUUCUAAUCAAAUGUGCAAUAUAUAGUAUUACAUACAUUGAAUGCAAUUAGGCCACACUUAACCAUUAUUUUGAUAUUUAUGCUAAUAUUAUAGUUUUACAGUUGAAUCAGUGUUUUUCUUAAGAGGUUUGAACAUGGUGGAAUUUUUAGUAUUGCAUUUCAUAUUCAUGUUUUAUUGCAGAUAUUACAUAUAUUCAAAGUUUAUUUAUUAGGCUGUACUUAAACUUUAUUUUGAUACUUUUAUAUAUUUUUUACAGUUGAAUCAAUGUUUUUCUUAAUGUUCUAAUGGAUAAUAUUGUUAUUUUAUGAAUACAUACAGUAGUUUUGUUUUCCAUACUGUUAAAUAUUGUACAUUUAUUUGUGCAUGCUCAUUUUUCUACAGGGUACUUUAAAACGUUUUUAUAAUAAUUUGAUUUAUUUUUUAAAACCUGUAUAUACAUACAAACUUACAAGACAAUUUUAAAUUUUAAAAAUUGUAAAAAAACCAGAAAAAUUUUAUAUAUGUAUGCUGACUUAUUUUUUUGUAUACGCUCAUGUUUGUACUUUUUAAACAGUUGUCUCAGUGUACGAUUUUAUGUAUGUUAACUAAUGUCCGGUUACCUUCAUGUAGCUGGUGAAUCUCUUGUUGGUGAUAGCAGAAGCUUUUAUUUGGCAUGGAUGCCUGAAUAUUCAUUAGAUGAAAUAAAAGAUAUAAAUUUACAAAAUUAUAUUCCUGAAAAUUAAGUUGUAAAACUACCUUUACCCUACCUGUAACCACUUAUUUAAAGAACCCAUUUCUGACAAUCUAAGAAGGAAAAUUUUACCUUGGAUCCCUCUACAGAAUGUAUUGGGGGGAAAUGGCUAUCCCCACCUUUCACACAGUUACCUUCUUUCCUCCUAUUCCCCCCCCCCCCCAUAACCAUGGCUGCAUGUUGAAAUAAAAUUUUUUUAAAUAAAGUCUUAUUGAGGUCACAAUUUGGGUGACAUCAGUAUUAUUUUAUGUAUAUCAUGCUUAUUUUAUGUGCAAUUACAACUUUUUUUAUAUCACAGUAAAAAUAAUUUACAGAUAUACAGUAUUCAACAAUUGUACAUACUGAACAAUUAUUAUUCAAAUCAAAUCAGAUGAAAUUUAGCACAAAGUGCUGAUGCUACUAAAAUAGAAAGCUCAUCAUUUCAUUUGACCAAUGCACAUUACAAUACAACAUAUUUUGGUCAAGGGCAGCUUAAACAAAGUUUCAUUUCAUUUCACCAAUGCACAUUUACAAUACAACAUAUUUUGGUUUAGGGCAGUAUAAUGUAGUUGCCACCAUAUAAUGUAAUAUAAUAUUACUGUAUUAUGUAACUGGUGUAAUAAUAUUAAUAUUACUGUCUGUCAUCAAUACUUCUCAUCUUCUUGUAUUGUUAAUACAAUAGUAUUUUUUCUUAUCACUUUGCUACUAAUUGAUAUAUAACACAAUUAGCACACACUCUUUUUCACCAACACCAGUAGAAAUUUAAUUCAGCCAACACAAUUAUACUUUAACUUCAAAUUCUGAGUUUAUUUCAGUUCUCAGCAAUCCACAUCACAUACAGGCAAUUACGAUGCAUAGGCCAGAAUUAAGACAAACUUCAGACUUGAAGAGCUGCACCAAACUUAACUAAAUUCAAAUUACAGUGACUAGCAUAGCCAAUCACAAGCAAGCUAGUAUAUUGAUAUAGCCCAUGUAUGGUAUUGUUCUAUUGCUAAUCGGAAUAAUUAUUAAUGUAUAUUCAUAUAUUGAUAUAGCUCAUGUACGGUAUUAUUCUAUUGCCGCUCGGAAUAAUUGUUGAUGUGUACUCAUAUAUUGCCUAUGUAUGGUAUUAACUGGCCACUCAGUUAUAGUGAGGUAUGAUUCGUCUUGGUGAACGUAAUAAUUUAUCUUGUGAGACGUUAAAAUAGUUUGUUUGGUUCAGAAAACAUAACGAUAUUUGUUUUGCAUAGUCAAUGUAUAGUCCGGGUUAAGUAACCGGAGUAUUCAUAAGAAUAUCCAUGGUAGAUUUGUCUUAUGUGGCACGUUGUUCGGCUUGAUCAACCGAUGAUUAUAACCAUUAAACUAUUACAUCGACUACUUUGA